GUGCUCCGUGUGGUCGUUCCAAACGGACCCGAGCUACGAAGCAGUGACGCUGCCAGGGCCAACCGUUGUGGCGUAUUGGCCAAAACGGACGGCGCCCGUUACGGCCGUGGAUGUCGCUAUGGGGAAACCUGUGUUCACGGCUGGGGUCUUCGACGGAUACUCAUCUGCUUCCAUGCUGACGGCUGGCACGACAUGCUACAACACGAUGGAGGAUUGUUUCUGCUCGCCAGACUACGACAACUGGGCGGUGGUAGACCUACAGACCAGCCUGCCCAUCAGGACGGUUGUCAUCACAGGCCCAGCUUUUGACGACGUCGAGUACUUCAGAAACAUCGUUGUGCGCGCGGGCAACAUCGGCAACGAUACAGACCCGAUCAUCGGCACGACUCCAAACAUCAAUGGUUCAGACUACCAACAAUAUACCUUGGCCAUUGCGUCCGGCAGCAUUCGCUACAUUCGGCUUCAGUACGAGGCCAACAUUGCGGCAAUCUGCUUCUGCAAACUUCAAGCAUUCCUGUGA